GGUGAGGGGCAGGAGGCUGAGAAGGCGGAGGGAGGAGGAGGAGGGGCGGGGGUGAUGGCGGCGGCGGCGGCGGAGGAGGAGGUGGACAGCGGAGCGCUGCCGCUGCCGCCGCAUGUGUAUUACCUGGCGGGGAACCGGCUCAUGAAGUACGCGCUCGUGACGCGCAGCUCCGGCGCCCUGGCCCAACUGCCAACCGACACGCCCAGAGGUGACGUCCGCACGCCACGUCAGCUGCUGCACAGCACCAAGGCGGCCGCAUGGCUGGUGUUCUUUGAAACGCCUGCAGCAGCGGGGGCAGCGGGGGGUGCUGACGGGGGCGGUUCCGCUGCUGCGGCGGCGGCGGCGGAGCGCUUCACAUGGACGCUGCUGAAUGGGUCGUCGUUUGGUGCGGCGUCGGCGUCAGCGGGCGGCGUCAGCGGCGGUGGAGGAGCCGUGGAGGGGUGCUUGUGGGUGCGGUCAGGCAAGUCCGGCUGCUUCCUGGGCCCCGCCGACGAGCGCUUCUGCGUCAUGGCGGCUGCCGGCCGGCUGCUCGAGGUGUACGACACGGCGGCCGCAGCUGCUGUCGUACACGCUGGCGGGGGGCUGGCGGCUCCCACUCCCCUGCUGAGCGUGGCACUGGAGGGCUCGGUGCUGCUGCCGGGACUGGGCGCACCCGUGUUUCCCGGGCCGCCCAUGACCAACGCGCCGGUUCCAGAGGCACGCGCGCCCCCCGAGGCGGCCCCGCACGACCUGCGGCGCUUCCGCGGGUCGGGGGUGGUGCUGUGGCAGUCGCCCGACCACUGCCUCAGCAUGGCCACCCUGCCGGAACUGGCCCGGGUGCCGCUGGAGGCGCCGCCACCUCAGCCCAACACUCCCCCAGCAGCAGCAGCAGCAGCCGGCUACGACUCCUCAGACGAUGACACUGACGCCGCAGCCGCCGCAGCCUCGCAGCCGUACUACCCCACCCUGGCCCCCGGUCACCACUUCGGCUCGCAGCCCCGCCAGGCUUCCCUGCCGCUGCUGCCCAGUGAAAACGUGGUCCACGUGGCCUGGCAGAGCCUCGCAUUGGCCCCUCCUCGCGAUCAAGCUAACGGCAGCAGCAGCAGCAGCGGCGGCGGCGGCGGCGGCGUGCCUGGACCUGCGGACGCCGUGGCGGCUGUGCUGACCACCCAACGGCUGCUGCUGGUGACGGCCGGGCUGCGUGUCGUGUGCGCGGUGAGCCUUGUGACCCAUGGGUCAGCCGCGCUGCUGGACCCCCUGACGUCGGUCGUGUGGGCGGGUCCCAUGCUGCUGGUGUCCACGGUAGCAGGGCAGGUGCUACAGCUCACGUGGACGGGCACGCUGCUGCCUGUGGCUACGUUGUCGCCCACGGGUCACUGUGCACUGCUGGGUGUCACAGCGGAUGCUCUCAUCCUGCUGCGCACGCCGCUGGGCGCUCCGCCGGUGAUCGCAACCGCCAGCGGCAACGCAGCCGCGCUGGCUGAGGCCGUCGUGCGUCCCGCGGCGCUGCUACAGCCCCUGCUGAUCGGCUGGGCGAGCCUUGCCGCCACAGGCUUGCUGUCGUACGGCCCGGCAGCAGCUGUCGUACGGCCGGCGUUGCGUCACGCGUUGUCAACGUUCGAUACUGCAAGCCUGACGCCACGUGGCGUGUGGGCGCUGAUUGCCGCUGGUGCAUGGGACGUCGCCGCCGCCGUCGCUGCGCACUUGCCGGCGCUUGACGGGGCCGCUGCGAAGUUGGCGGUGUCAGCCGCCGCCGGUAACUGGUCGGCGGUGGCGGCGACUCUGCGUGGCGAGGCGUCUCGGUCGCUGUACGCUCCUGGGCCGCCGCUUCGGGGCUCGGAGCUGCACUCGAAGCUGGUGGCGGCGGCUGCGGGGGCGCUGUUCCACGGCCAGCUGGCGGUUGCCGGGGAGCUGUUCCAGGCGGCAGGCGAGUGGGCUGCUGCAAUGAUUCUAGCGGUGUGCCAGGGCAACGUGCAGGCAGUGAGCGCCGUUGCGCAGCAGCUGGCGGGCACCGCAGGAGGCCUCGGCGCCGCUGCGGCGUCAGCGGAUGCGGCGGCGGCGGCGCAGCUGGCGGUGGCGCUACGUGGCGUGUACGGCGGCGUCGGCACACCCGUGGAAGACCUGACGCUGUCGCUGCUGCCACCGGGGGGACCCGGAGCAGCGCCCAUUGAGCGAGCCGAGCAGUGGCCCCUUGCAGCGCCACUCACCGCUUCGCCCGCCGCCGUCGCCGUUCGCGGCGCCCUGCCCCACGCCGCCGCCACGGAUGCCGAGGUUGGCGACAUCCCGCCCUGCCACGAUCGUACCAACAUUGUGUCGUACUACGGCCUGACCACGGCUGCCGCCACCGCCGUGGCGGCGGCCGCCGGCGCCGUCGGCGCGCGAACCUCCUUCGCCUCGAUCGCCGGCGGCGACCGAGGCGAGUCCGCGAGCCAUCGGCCGGGCGGCAGUACGGCGCAUGGGGAGCUGGAUACGACGUCAGUGUCCUCCAGCGACGCCGCGCAGGCUGCAGCUCGUGCCGAGUUCAUGAAUCAAAUGGGUGCGGGCAUGACGGGCUUCGGUCGCGGACCCACCAUUGCGUUCUCGUCUGACGAGGAUUCCGACUCGGAGGCGACUGGCAGCGUCGGCGGCGGCAGCUGCGCCGGCGGGCCGCAGCGGCGCAUUAAGAUCCAGAUCCGAGACCGAGGAAGUGCCGGCAGCGGCGCGGUCAACGCGGGUGGCGGCGGCGGCGCCUCCGGCGACGUCUCCCUUCGGGAAGCCGCCAGGGGGCUACGGCUGGCGCCGCCAGGCGCCGCCGCUGCUGCUGCCGGCGGCACCGGCGCCGUUGGCUCGCCCCUCAGUCGCCUGGCGCUCGGCUCCACCGCCUCUGGCCCCAUCGCCUCAGCAGGCCCCAGCGGCAACCUAUCCCCAGCGCCCUCCGCACCCACUUCCGGCGCCGCCGCCGGCUACCCAUUCCCUCCCGGCAUGUCUUCCGUACACCUCUACACCGCCGGCGUGUCGCUCAUGCAGUCCGGCGACUGGCGCGGCGCGGCGGCGCACUUUGCUCGCGCCAUGUGGGCCCUCAGCCACGAGGAACGCACCUCCAUGGACGAUGCCUCGCGGCGCGCGCGGCUGGCCUUCUGCGCGUCGUACUACGCGGCCGUACGGUUGUUGGAGGGAGUGGGCGCGGGUGCGGGUCCCCGUGAGGCGCGGCUGUACCGCUACCUGGCGGGCUUGAAGUUGGACACGGCGCAUGCGCGGGCGCUGCUGCGGGAGGCUAUCACACGCAACCGCACCGUGGGGAACUACAAGUACGCUGCCGACCAGCUGACCGCCCUGAUCGGCCUUGUGGCGGACACCGCACCCGGGGAGCACCUGGCGCAGCUGCAGGCUGAGUUGGAGGAGUGCGACCGGCACGGCCCCCGCAACGCCGACCUGCCGGCGGACGAGGACGUGUCCGACUGGGUGGCGCUGGUGGCGGCGGCGGGGCAGGGCGACGUGGG